AUGGCAAAACUUUUGGUGUCAAGAAGGAGCGACCACACUGAGGAUGAAUUUGUGAUAAUGAAGGAGGUAGAGAAUACGGUAAAUCAAAGGAUGAAAGUUUGUGAAGAAGUGCAACAAGAAUACAUGUCGACAUUAAAAGAUGAGGAAGCAACCCGAGAAGAGAGAUUGCGUUUGGAGAGACUAAAAUUUCAAUCAUUCAGCGGGAACUUAAGAAAGUAUCCUAAAUUCAAAAGCGAUUUUGUCAAAUAUAUACUCCCCGCAUACAAGACCGAUCAAGCCGCGUUUGUUCUAAAAUCUUACUUAAAUGAUAACGUUAAAGAACAGGUCGAGUCGUUAGAUGACAUCAAUGAAAUUUGGGCGCGAUUAGACAAGAAAUAUGGCGAUGAAGGUAAGCAUGUCGACGCAAUAAUGGCAGACAUUAAAGAAAUGUCAAAGUGUGAGGAUUCCGAUGUGGAGAGCACUUUAAACCUGAUUAACACCGUUGAGAGAGCACACAGAGAACUUGCACGACUGGGAAGGGAACAAGAGAUAAACAACGCUACUAUUGUUUCGGUUAUUGAGGAAAGACUAUCGGAUGAAGUCCAGAAGGAGUGGAUAAAGACAGCGACUGGAGAACAGAGGGUAGAGAUAUCGCGAAACAAAUUCCCAGCACUAUUGAAAUUACUCUUAACGUAUCGCGAGAGAAUUGAAUACAAGUGCUCCAAUAUCAGAUCAUGUGAUGAAUUUCGGGUAAAUGUUAAUCUAAGCGACUCUCGAGAUCCCCGAAAUAGCCUUGAGAAUACAUCGAAGCAGCGCUGCUGGUUGCACCAAGUUAACGGGGACCAUCCUAUCUGGCGAUGCAGACUCUUUCAAAGCAAAUCUCCGGAAGAAAGAGUUGAUCUAACCAAAAAAAGAGGAUUCAAAUGUCGCGAAGAGGAGUGUGGAUUGCCCCAUCACCAACUUCUACAUGAAGCGCACGCUUCUGGAGCUGUAUUUCAUGGUCGCUCAUUUGCUCAAAAAAGAGAGGUCAUUCUUCAAGUCCAGGAAGUAAGAUGUUACAGUAGAGGCAGUAACAAAAAUAAAAUAAAUGUCCUGUGGGAUGGAGGAAGCACUAUUUCACUAAUUACUUUCGACGCAGCCAGAAGACUAAAUUUGAGCGGAAGGAGUACAAGACUGGAGAUAACAAAAGUCGGUGGAGAAGUUUCUCUUAUCGAAUCUAUGAAAUACAAUGUUACGCUCAUUGAUGAGAACAAUCGGCAUGUGCGAAUUAAUGUCUUAGGGAUUGACGUUAUUUCUAAUGACAUUGCUGGAGUGCACACGAAUGACAAUCCUGAACUGACAGCAGACAAUCCACCUACCAGUAUUAACAGACCGCAAGUUGGAGGUCGUAUAGAUUGUCUCAUUGGAUACGACUACGCAGCUUUCCAUCCAGUGCCGAUAAAAGUUGCAGGACAUUUACUUGUACUUCAUGGUCGCCUAGUAGGUGGUUGCCAGCCAGUGAGAAAAGGUGUAUUUACUAAAAGAGUGGAAAAUGCACAGGUCUGCCACGUUCAAGGGCAUCUAAACGAAUUCUUUUCUAUUGAAAGCUUAGGAAUUCAGUGUACACCUAGAUGUGGUUCUUGCAAAUGUGGAAACUGUCAUCCAGGGGGAAAAGAUAUGAAACUGAAGGAAGAGAGAGAAUACAGGCUAAUUGAAGAUAACUUAAAAAAUGAUGAAACCGAGAAAAGGUGGGAGGCGGCUUAUCCAUGGAUAAAGGACCCCCAUGAACUUCCAAACAAUAGAUCGGUUGUGCUAGCAAGAUUACAGUCAACCGAAAAACGCUUACUAAAGAACUUAGAACAUGCUGAUACUUACAAUCGACAAAUUCAAGACAUGAUUAAAAGGGGAGCUUCCAGAAUAGUCAGUACGGAAGAAUUGAAUCAGUAUCGCGGACCAAUUCAUUACAUUUCCCACCAUGCCGUCCUUAAGCCGGAUUCUAAAAGUACACCGUGUAGAAUUGUAUUUAACAGCAGUGCCAACUUCCACGGCCAUGUCCUCAACGAAUAUUAUGCUAAAGGCCCAGAUAUGUUGAACACGUUGCUGGGGGUCUUGCUGAGAUUCAGAGAAAAUCGUGUAGCCCUUCUUGGCGAUAUAUCAAAAAUGUUUUACGCUAUAAAAAUACCAAUUCGUGAUCAGAUGACACACUUGUUCUUAUGGCGAGAUCUUCAGACAGAUAAAGAACCAAACACAUAUGCGAUGACAGCUGUAAAUUUUGGAGACAAACCUUCCGCGACUAUGGCUAUGGUCGCCCUACGAAAGACGGCAGAAAAGCAAAGGCAGAACUACCCCAUAUCGUGUAAAGCAAUUAUAGACAACAGUUACAUGGACGACAUCACAGACAACGCUGAUAACGCAGAGGAAGUAAUUCAGCGAACUCGGGAGAUCGAUAUCAUUCUUGCAACGGGUGGUUUUAAGAUUAAGGAAUGGACGAUAUCUGGGUUAGAGAAACCAGGUAGUGAUGGAACUCAUCCAAUUGGUGAAUUAGAUAAUGAGGAUACGGAGAAAGUGCUUGGAAUGAAAUGGCAAUUUAAAGUUGACCACUUACUUUUUGAUAUCAACAAGCAAAGUCAACGCCUCUACCGAUUCCAACAGACUUCAGAGCCAUCAAGAUUCACAAGAAGAGAGAUAUUAUCAGUUGUCAACGGUAUAUACGAUCCCUUAGGACUUCUUUCACCCUACACCGUACAAGCCAAAAUCAUGAUGAGAAAACUAUGGACAAAGGAUCGACAAAUAUCGUGGGAUGACCCACUGCCGGAAAAUCUAGCGGAUGAAUGGCGUGAAUUCUUUCAAGUGCUACCUGAAUUACAAAGGAUUUCUUACCCGCGAGCCAUCAAACCGGAGAAAGCUGUUGGAGAACCUACAUUGGUCAUAUUUUCUGAUGCAUCUGGAACAGCAUAUGGUGCCGUGGCUUACGCCAGAUGGGAACUGAUUGACGGGUCAUUUGGAAGUAGAAUCAUUGUGGCUAAGAAUCGAGUCGCACCCAUAAGGAUAAUUGACAUUGUGCGCUUGGAGUUAAUUGCUGCUGUUUUAAGUAAGCGCAUCAGAUGCUUUAUCGAAAAGGAGACUAAAUUGAAGUUCUCAAAAGUGUAUCACAUAGUUGAUAGUGAAAUAGUCAAAGCGAUGAUCUCGAAGGAAAGUUAUGGUUUCAACACAUUUGCUGCAAACAGAAUUGGCGAAAUACAACACUCUACCAGUCCAUCAGAAUGGUUUUGGGUGAAGGGUUCUCUAAACAUAGCUGAUUGGAUCACCAGGGGAAAACAUCCAAAAGAUCUCGACAGGAAAAGCAUUUGGCAGACUAGACCACGAUUUUUGUCUCGAUGCGUUGAUAACUGGCCCGUUCAAAGUACAACCACCAUAAAAGAAUUACCAGAAUGCCCAAAGAUUUCUUUUGUCGCUGUGUCUGAUGGUCAGUUUGUGGAAACAUUAGCUGAGAGGAUCGAUAUUGAGCGCUUCAGCAAACUCGAGCUACUUAGAAAUACGACAGCAAGAAUCCUAAGAUUAUACAAAAGAUUCCUGUCGACCAACCAAGGUAGAGAAAUAGGCAAAGGCGAGCUGACAAUAAAGGACCGGCAAUAUGCAGACAAUUUUUGGAUCAAGGAAGCUCAGAGAACUAUCGAGGACGAAGUUAAGAAGGGAAAGUAUAUUAAGCUGUGUCCGAAGUAUGAAGAUGAAAUUCUGGUGGUGGGUGGUCGGACAGAGCGAUGGAUGGAGGCGACGUGGAACAAGCAAAAGUUCAUCCUUUUACCAGGAAAUCACAGGCUAUCCUAUCUUAUUGCCUCAACAGAGCAUAGGUUGAGUGGACACUUGGGGAUAUCAGCGACGAUAUCAAGAAUUAGGUCGCACUACUGGAUCAUUGGAGUAAGAGCCUUAGUGAAAGGAAUGCUGUCGCGAUGUGUUAUCUGUAUAAGGAAACGCAAGGAAAAGAGUCUUCAAGUCAUGAGUAGCCUCCCUGUUGAGAGACUUCGCCCGUCUCCACCGUUUAGUUCAACCAGUUUGGAUUUCUUUGGACCAUACCUCAUUCGUGGCGAAGUUCAAAAACGAGUCAGAGGAAAGUGUUAUGGUGUAAUUAUGACAUGUAUGGUGUCAAGAGCAGUUUACAUCGAUUUAAGCCACGACUACUCGACAGAUGCUUUUCUUCAAGUGCUACGACGAUUUUCUAGUUUACGGGGUUGGCCGCACAGGAUUUACAGCGAUCCAGGUUCACAGCUUGUGGGGGCAUCUAACGAACUAAAGACUGCAAUUCAAGGUAUGAGCCAGUCGUCGAUUCAGCGAUAUGGUCUAAAAUACAACACGACGUGGAGGUUUUCUCCAGCCGAUGGCCCAUGGUUCAAUGGUGUGACAGAAGCUUUAGUGAAAUCAGUGAAACGAGUACUAAAUGCAACAAUCGGAGAGCAAAUUAUGACGUUUAGCGAGCUACAAACCGUCAUGUUCGAAGUGGCCCAAAUUCUUAAUCAACAGCCAAUCGGUUCGCACCCAACGACACCGGACGAUGGCUCUUAUCUAUGCCCCAACGAUCUUAUUAUAGGGCGGGCUUCUAACAAAUCGCCGCAAGGGCCAUUUAAAGAAAGAAUUAGCAACAAACAUAGGCUCGACUUUAUUGAAGCUGUAGUUAACUCAUUUUGGAAGAAGUGGUCCCGUGAUGUCUUCCCAACAUGGUCAUGCAACCCAAAUGGCAUGUUGCGAGGCGUAACGUGCAAAAGAUGA